CAAUCAUAAAACAAAAGAGAACCUGAAAACCAUUACAGAAUCACUAUUACUAUUAAUGUGCGAGAACGUCAGUCAGUCAGUCACGUGCGAGCCCCCGAGAAGGAAGGAGCACCAAUCUGCCACUCCAGUCAACCAAUCUGUCACUCCAGCACCAACCAGUCACUACAUUAAACGAGCGGAAUAAUGACCCAACCCACGGAGGACUAUAAGGACAUCAUGCAGCGAGAGGUGGACGAGGAGGUCACUCUGAUCAAUGAGUUCCUGGCAGACAUUGACAACCGCCGCCGGCACAUGUGUCACUUUGUGUCCGGCCUUCAGGUGGCGGUCACCAGCAUUCUGUUCGCUGCCCGCACACUGGAAGAGAGGCACUCAAAAGUAGGCAAGGAGACCAUCCAGGAGGAGGAAGGCACCACCACACAGCCUUGUCCCCAGGAGGUGGAAGAAUCAACAAAGGAAGAGGAACAAAUGGAAAUGGAAGUCAGUUUGACUGAAGGUGAGGAGGCAUCAGAGAGCAACCUGUCCAAUGAAUUGAUAAAGUCCCUCAACAGCACACUAGGAGACCUUGAACAAGCUGAGAAGAAGCUUAUUGAAAUGAACAGUCAGAACCACACAGCCACAGACAGUCAGUCAUCAGAAUCUUGUUACCUGGACUUCAUGUAUGAGUUCCUAGCUGAUUUCCGACUAAAACUGCAACAAUCUUGUGAAGAGUUCAUCAGUUUGGAGUCCCAAGCACUAGCCUUGCUUGAAGAGAGAAAAGCCUUGCAAGACUUAAGCUUACAAAUCAGCAACAGUCCCAGGAAAACAGUGAAGCCCAAACACGACUCCUUGGCCACAGUUCCUUCAGACAUGGAGCAAGCAGACAAGAAGGCAGAGAGUGAAGAUGGUACAGUUUCUGAGAUGAAAUUCACUCUCCCAAAAGAUAUGCAUCAGGAAAGUAUUCCCUUAGAUACAGUAGCUGUACGGAAAGACAGUUCUUUCUUUGAAACAAAUACAACAGUUCCACAGAAAGACCAAGACAAGGACACUGCUCCCGUAUGCACUAAUGGAACUUUAAGAAAUAAUACCAUGGACAACACUUCAGACACACUUAAAAACACUGAGCAGACUAUUGAUUCAGGUGUUCCUUCCCAUGAAACACCACCAAAAGCUACCCCUGCAUCUACAACACAAGACAGCCCAUGUGAUAGGAAGAAAACUCCAGAACAAGUUGCCACAGAUGAAGAGUAUGACGGUCCAUCUCCUAUAGGGAUGAGAAGAAUGUUUGGCUCUUUUUCUGCUGAGCCCAAAAUUCCCCUCCCAUGUCCUUCUCCAACCAUAUCUGUAGUAAAUUCACCUGCAUUUUCCCCAUCACCUACUUCAGUUCAUAUUGCAAAUUCACUCACAAUGAAGCUAAAUAAUGAAGUCAGCCCCCAAGAUACAAUAACUGCACAAAGAAGCAAUGACUCAGGUGACAGCUCCCCUUCUGAAACAAGACCAACCAUUCCACAAAAACAGGAAGGCAAAGUCAUGGUUCUGAAAUUUGCUUUAGAGAGCGAUGACAUUGAAAACAACACUCCUCCAGACACAGACACAAACACUGCACAAACUAGUGACAUAAACACCCCUAAUGAAACACCAUCAAGAGAUACCUGCUCACCUCCAUCAUGUGAUAAGAAAGAAGUUUCUGAACACACUGAAGAAACUGAUGAGUAUGAUGGUCCAUCUCCUAUAGGGAUGCGAAGGAUGUUUGGCUCAUUUUCUCAAGAACCCAAAAUUCCUUUACCACCAUCCUCUCCAAUCUUAUCAGUCGAAAAUUCAUUUGCAUUCUCCCUUGCACUGAAGUCAGAUCUGGAACUCAGCCCCUCAGAGACAACAGAUGCACAAAAAACGUGUGACAGUUCUCCCUCAGAAACAAGACUAACUAUUCCAGAGGAGGAUGACGACCAGGGCACAGUUCUCACACACCUAAAUGCAGCUCCAGAGAAAGACAACAUCAAGGGUGACAUUCUUCUAAACACACAAAAAGACAUCAAGCAACCUAAUGAUAAAGAUGUAUGUAAUUUAACAACACCUCCAAAAGAUCUCCAUUCAUCUACAACAAUGGAAAGGAGCCCAAGUGAUAAGAAAGCAGUCCCAGAACACUCUGAAGUUGCCCCUGAAGAGGAGUAUGAUGGUCCAUCUCCUAUAGGGAUGAGAAGAAUGUUUGGCUCUUUUUCUCAGGAGCCCAAGAUUUCCUUACCACCAUCUUCCCCAGUCUUGUCAGUUGAAAAUUCACCUUCAUUCUCUCCAAUUUCACUCUCACUUGACCUUGAACUCAGCCCAUCAGAGAUAAUAGGUGUGCAGAAAGGAAGUGACAGCUCUCCCUCAGAAAUACGACUAACCAUUGUAGACAAAGAUAAGGACAAGGCCACUCUUUCCACACACACCAGUGCAACUCUAAAGAAGGAUAACAUCAAGAGUGACAUUCCUCCAAACACACAAAAAAACAUGAAGCAAAGUACAGAAGGGGCCUGUGUGGUAAGAAAGAACAUCCUGAACAAAUAGUGGAUGAGAAAUGUGAGGAAAUAUCACCAAGGAUGUUUGGUUCAAAUUAUCAAGAUUCCAAGACUUCCUUUCUACCACCCUCUCCACACAGAAGAAGCGAAAAUUCACCUAUAAUGCCACAGUUGAACCUUGACGUCAGCCCUGUUAGUGUUGAGAGUGAAUCAUAAGCCCACCUGUGUACCUCAUGUCUUGGUGAUUCACUCUCUGCAUUCAUAAUCUCUGAAGUUGAUGAGAUUUACAAUAUUUUAAAAGCUUUUGCUAUUUGUUUUAAGGAUAGAAAUCUAUUUACAGAUAUGACAUCUAUUUCUUCUGGUUUACUGUCAUUAUCUAAGUUUACUAUUACUUUUAUUAUGUAUAAGUAGAUGCGUUCAUUAUCUUUAUCUACAUGUAAUGCAUUCCAUUAAUGUGUUACAUGUAAAUAAAGACACAUGAAGCCUGGAUGAAAUAAUAUCAAUAUAGGAGUACUGUUCAUGUCAAAUAACAUUCAUUCAAUAAUGUGGAUCUAAUAUUAUAUAGAGUCAACAUACGAUAUCUUAAUCUCAAAGGAAUUUAUUUAUUUAAAAAAUUCAGACAAUGAGCAGAUGCACAAUGGACAUUCCUUGCGUGUUUAGAAACAUUUCGUUAAUUGCAAAAACCCAUUAGAAAUAUUCCCUGUAGGAAAGUUGUGCAUACUAUAUUUACUAAACCUUAUAGUAGUAUAUACUAUGUCUUUUCAUAUAUAUAUAUUUAUAUAUAUAUUUACUAUUAUAUACGGUAUAUACAUUCACGAGACCUUACCAUACAUAGGAAAUACAGAAAUGGUUGAAAAGAUGAUUCGUACAAGUGCACCAUAAAAUACAAAAUGUCACAAUACAGACUUCACUUUCCUUUUCCUUACUACUAAUGUCAAACACAAAGUAAAGACUUGUUUGAGUACAAUAAAACAAGAGAGUCGCUGAUACCUGAUCUACGCAGACAGGAACCUAAAGCUUUGGCUGGACUUUGAAUUAUUUGUAUUUUACAGCACAUGACAUCAUUACAGCUCCCACAGGCACUACUGCAAAAACUGUGGAGUGUGUGUGUGUGUGUGUGUGUGUGUGUGUGUGUGUGUGUGUGUGUGUGUGUGUGUGUGUGUGUGUGUGUGUGUGUGUGUGUGUGUGUGUGUGUGUGUGUGUGUGUGUG